CGCACGGAAACCUCGGAUGGGUGAGGACAGCCGUUCGAUUCGGCCAUUGAUUUCGCGAUUAACUCGCGUUAAGUGCACAAUGAUCCAUCCGAAGGAUCGUUGCGAUACGGGCGAUCGUGAUCUUUCGUGAUUGUGAGACACGCGGAUUGUGAGAGAGACGAGACGCGAGGCUUCUAUGCGUGAGAACGGGAUUACGUCGCGCGGCCGUCUCUUUGUGAUUCGUUCGAUUCGUUCUUGUAUUCGCGUUCUUGUAUUCGAAAUUGCGCUCCCGCGUUCGCGUUUGGAACGCCUGCGUGUCGCACCGUUUCGUAUCUUACGCAUGCUGGAUCGUGGCUAAUCUUGUUGUUUCGAUCAUUGUGCCUGCGUGCGCGAAUAUGUUCACAAAUGGGAAUGGUUCGCAAAUUGUUCCUUUUCUAAAAAGAAACACGAAAUAGAUAUACAUAUGCGAAUGAAAAAUUUAAAUUUCAUCGAGCUUAAUUACGAUCGUGAAAGACAAGAUGACAAGAUUGACUCGCCGCGUCGAGAUCUGACUGUCGGUUGUUGGAGAUUUUGAUUAAAUUAAAAUCAAGACCGAGUCCACUUGUUGAAGAGAAACGUCAGUUAAAUUGAUCUCAUUUAACGUGCAAGCAAGUUAAUUCAACUACUUGUUAAGUCAAGCUUGGAUUUGACAGUAAUUUAAAUAAAGCUGUGACAGCACCGUAAUUAUGAAAAGAGAAGUUGAAAAUUGAAAUGGUGGGUAGCAGAAAACUUGAAGUAACUUUUACACGAUUUAUAACGAUUCGGAAAGCAUCUCUUGCGGAAAAUGCGUUGGAUUUUAUUGUUGACGUUGGUGCGGACGAUAUGGUGCGCGCACGGCGCCUGCGAGCCGAUCAGAAUCGAGAUGUGCCGUGGUCUCGGUUAUAAUGUCACUGUCAUGCCAAAUCUAGUUGGUCACGAGAUUCAAGGCGAUGCUGAUUUUACAUUACAAACAUUUAGUCCGCUUAUACAAUAUGGGUGCAGUGCACAAUUGCACCUUUUUUUGUGUUCGGUAUAUGCUCCGAUGUGUACCGAAAAAGUUCCCGCACCCAUCGGUCCCUGCCGAGGUCUGUGCGAGCAAGUGCGGGCUCGUUGUUUCCCCGUCCUUCAGGGAUUCGGAUUUCCCUGGCCCGCCGCAUUGAAUUGCUCCAAAUUUCCACCGGAAAACAACCACCAGCACAUGUGCAUGGAAGGACCAGGUGAACCAGGACCAGCUAAUCCUAUUCAGGCGGUGAGCACCAGCAACGGACCCUGGGGCUGUUCCUGGUAUGCCAAGUCUGGGUUGUACAUCUUUCUGAAUCGCUCUGGAAGAUGUGCCGCCGCUUGCGACGCCGAUAUUCUCUGGUCUCAGAAAGACAAGAGGAUCGCGGAGGCCUGGAUGGCCGUAUUCGCGACGAUAUGUCUAGUCUCCGUCGCGAUUGCUAUCCUGACACUUUUGAGACCGCGCAAACGACCUGUGCUGACUACCACUGCAGAACGUGCAAUAGUCUUCUUGACGAUCUGUCACGCUGCCGUUGCAAUUGGCUACGUGAUUCGAUUGGCUGCCGGCCGGCUAAAUGUCGCGUGCACUCCCGCGAUUCCGAUACACCCGCAGGAUCAAGUUGUCUUGGCCCAGCAGCAACAGCAACAACAGCAGCAACAACAGCAACAGUACCUAACGCAAGACGGUCUAGCUAAUCCUUAUUGCGCCGCUGUUUUUUUGCUACUCUAUUAUUUCGGAUACGCUGCAAUCGUUUGGUGGGUCGCGAUAUGCGCGUGGUGGUGCAUAAUGGCCAGAAAAUGGACGAGGACGGCUGGCAACUACAAGGAGGAUAGUUUUGGACCACAACAGGGAUUCUCAACCAUCGCCGCCGUCGCUGCCUGGGGUCUCCCCGCCGCGCACACCAUCGCCGUGCUGGUCACAAGGGAUGUCGACGCCGACGAGUUGACCGCGAGUUGUUUCGUCGGUCAGCAAAACGCGCAUUCUCUGCUCGUAUUAGUGUUGGCGCCUCAAUUCGUCUACUUGUCGUUCGGCGCAACGUUCCUUUUGGUUGGCUUGGCGACGUUGAUGUUACCGCGACGCCCUGCGGUGACGCCGACGUCGACGUCAAUGUCAACAUCAACGUCAACGUCAACGUCAACGUCAACGUCGACGUCGUCGUCGUCCUCGUCGGCGGCAACGACGACAGCGGCAGUCUUAACGGCGUUAACAGCGUCCCAUGCGAAUCCGCUGAUGCGUCCGCAGCGGGAGAUAGCCGGCAAAUCGUCCCCGGCCGAAAUCCAACGGCGGCAAAAGCAGCUGUUGAUUCGCGUCGGAGUAUUCGGCUGCCUUUACGCCGCCCUGAUCAUUUGUCUCACCAGCACGACUUUCUACGAAUGGUGGGGCAGAGAGACGUGGCUUCGGGCACCAGAACCGUCCACGGCGCCGCGCGUACCCGCUCGGCCUUUCCUGCAGCUCUUCGUCCUGCGACUGGUAGUGACCCUCGGCGCCGGUAUCAUAGCCGCCGCGUGGAUCUGGUGGCCGGAAGUAACGAGCAUAUGCCGCAAGCUGCCGCAUUGUAAGCAACCACCGCACAAAUGCCAUCCGGUGCCCGUCGUGCACUGUUACAACGCUGCCACCGCCAGCAAUCCCAUACCUCACCAGAUUCAUCAUCUCGGUCACCUGACGCCGCCGUCGCAGCAUCCCCUGCUGCAUCAACAUGCGACGAUAGCGAAUUCGCAGAUGCCACAUAGAAACCAUAAGAAACAUCGAAAACACCGAAAGUAUCAUCAUUCCGGUAGCGAAACGCAAGUUUAAUCGCAUAAAUACGCAUUCGUAUAUUUGCGCGUACACCCUAUUCGUCCCGAGUGCCUUAUAUAUGUAUUUUGUAUGUAUUUUGUAUGAUACAGGAGCGUAGUCUGAUUUUAUAUUUAAAAUUAUUUUUUUCUAUUCUUGGAUCUUAAGUGAUGAUAAAAUUCCAUCCAGUCAACGAUAGCAUCCGAGAUUCCGAGUAUUUCAAAUAAUCUCAGAUGUAAUCGGAUUAUAAAUAUCGCUCACAGAUACGCUUAGAAACGACACGAAUGUAACAUAUCCUUGUUUUUUAAUUUCUCUUUCAUACAUGCACGACAAAUCAUCCAUUUUAAGUUAUUGUUCGUUAAUCUAUCAUUUUUUUCAUAGUUAUAACAUAUAAAUUUAAUAACAUUUCUUUUUCUUAGAUUUAGAUAGGAUUGUGUACUUUCCAUAAAAAUUAUAGAAUAGAAUUCUUGUUGUCUUUCGAACAUUAAACUUAAAUCGCGUCAUUAAAUUAGUAUCUCGCCUUCGUUCUCGUAUUGGAAGAUUUAUGUACUUUAUAUUAUUACAUUGCCGUGAUGUAGUGCGUCUCAAUGCAUCUUCUGUGUAUGCCAUAGUAAAUUUAUCCGCCCAAAUAUUUGUAGAACGAGAGAACGGGGGAGGUGCUAAAUUUAAACCUCGAAAAAUCAUGGAAGCUAGUAGCCGGAAAGGAAUAAUGCGUUUGUUUCGAUCUCCACUCUUCUAUUUGUGCAACAUCGUGUAGACGCAUAAUGUACAUAAAAUACCGCGUAUAUACAACUGUAAAGUAAUCGCAUCUUGAUUCUGUGAUGUAUAAUUUCUAGCGGUGCGAUUUUUACAUACAAUUUAUUCAUUGCUAGAAAAUAAAUUUUACUCUACAUAAGGU